CCGAGUCGAGCCGCAGACCCGAGUACCCGCGUCAGUCCGCCGCUGAGCGCGUAGCUGUCGUGAGCGCGAGUGAAUCCCCUGCCGUGUGCGUGCGUUUCCCGAAAGUGUGCUGUGUUUGUUUCUCAUCCCGGAUCUGUACCCCGAAAUCGUGUCGGAACCCGGGAAUCUCACAUGGUUCUAUGUUGUGCGCGACCCUGGUGAGCUCCGGCUCGUCCCGGUGAUUGUGACCGGCCGGCGGUGAUGGAAUUAAGUUGAUGAAGCCAGUGAUCUUGCCACGAUAAUGGCAUUUGUGCACGGGUAUUUUGUGCCGGGCAAAGUGCUGUGGAUUUACCUCUUCGCCCUCUACAUUGGAUACAUCGCCUACGUCGUCGAUACAGCGACUCCUACCAAAGCCUCAGAUGUGGCUCUAUUCAGAUUACCAAAUACAACAGCAGCAUCUGAUCUCUCUACAACAUGUGCGCCGGGUAUGUUUCGAUGUCCAGAAGGCAAAUGUAUUCCACAGCUAUGGGUCUGUAAUUACCAGCGAGACUGCGAAAAAGGAGAUGACGAGUUUCAGCAAUGUCCUCCUCCGGAAUGUGACCCUGGCCAGCACACAUGCCAUCAAUACCACUGGAACAAAACUUAUUGUAUUCCUCCACACCAUAGGUGUGACAUGACAGUAGACUGUGUUGACGGAUCUGAUGAAGCUGACUGCUCUUACAGGAAAUGCCAGAAAGAGGACUUUCGGUGCGAAGUCAAUGGGGCUGGAAUGUGCCUUCCAAAAGAGAAAGUGUGUGAUGGUUACUUCGAUUGUCGGAACAAAAGGGAUGAAGAAAAUUGCAACAGCACGCAUGGUCUCUCCUGCUCUCUGGAUCAAUUUCGAUGUGCCAAUGGCCAGCGGUGUAUAGAUAUCUUUCAAAAAUGUAAUCACAGGAAUGAUUGUGGGGACAACAGUGAUGAAGAAGGAUGUAAUUUCGCUGCAUGUCAUAUCGGUCAAUUUCGGUGCGCAAACGCUCUUUGCAUACCUGCAAGUUACCACUGUGAUGGGUAUAGAGACUGCAUAGAUAACAGCGAUGAAGUAAACUGCACAACUAUUGCGUGUCCAAACAAGUUCCUUUGUCCACGUGGUGCCCCAGGUGGCAAACCUCGCUGCAUUGCCAAGUCACAGCUGUGCGACGGGAAAAAUGACUGUGAAGAUGGAGCUGAUGAGGAAACAGCUUGCUCGACGGCAAACUGCCCUGCUCUAAAUUGUGAAUACAAGUGUCAAGCAUCACCAACUGGUGGCACAUGUUAUUGCCCCGAAGGCCGUAAGGUUUCAAACGACACUCGAACUUGCAUCGAUCGCAAUGAAUGUGCUGAGUGGGGCUUCUGUGAUCAACUUUGCCAUAAUACUCAAGGUUCCUAUUCGUGUUCUUGUUACCCCGGUUAUAUACUAGAAAACCAAAAAAGUUGUAUUGUAAAUAAUGCUACCUCACUGCCCUUCCAAAUUUUUUUCGCCCACGAUCGAAUUGUUGAAAGUAUGAACGCCAACGGAGCAAACAAGCAAUUAGUUACCAACACAACCGCAGCCAGUGGACUCGACUUCCAUUAUGCAAAGAAUAUAUUAUUCUGGAGUGAUACCAAAACUCGAAAAGUACAUGCUCAGGUUCUAUCUGAAAAUAACCAAAAUACCGCCCUUGGUGGUCCGACAAACGGCGAAAUUACUUUACCUGGUACUUGGGCGCCAUCAGCUCUUGCAGUGGAUUGGAUUGGUGACAAGUUGUACGUUGCGGAUUCAGUUGGUCAAAAAAUUGAUGUUUUUGAGUUGGACGGGCACUGGCAUGCAAUAGUCAUUGGUGCUAAUCUGACUAACCCCACUGAUAUUUCAUUGGAUCCAACUGUUGGAUUCAUGUUCAUCACAGACAGCAGUCAACUUAUCCGAGCUAAUAUGGAUGGAGUCAAUGUCAAAGUGAUUGUUUCAGAAGCUGCAUAUAGAGCAUCUGGGGUGGCAGUUGAUAUUUUGGCAAAAAGGGUAUUUUGGUGCGAUUCCCUUUUAGAUUACAUUGAAACAGUUGAUUAUAAUGGACAAAAUCGUUUUCUAGUCCUUAGAGGAUCAUCAGUUCCAUCUCCCUCAAGACUAGCAGUUUUUGAAAAUCGAGUUUACUGGUCUGACGGAACAAAGCAAGGAAUUAUGAGCAUCAAUAAGUAUGAUUCAUCCACCAUCCACUCCAUCUACAGGAAUGCAAACGUUCGGGAGCCCAGAGCUGUGAAAAUCGUUCAUUCACUUAUUCAGCGCCAAGCAACGAAUCCAUGUGGUUCAAAUAACGGCAGGUGUGAACAUAUGUGUAUUGUUACCGAAGGGAACAAUGGAGAAGGCAGCCUAGGUUUCCGUUGUGCCUGUAAUAUCGGUUAUCAGCUAGCCAGUGAUUUACAUUCCUGUCACCGUGUGGAAAAGUUUUUAUUGUACUCGCAGCAACGGUUUAUCAAAGGUCAAGUGUUGAACCCGAUUGUAGAACAAUUUAAUGAUGCCAUGCUCCCUGUAGUCUCAAGGAGAGCUCGAUUUGUCGGUCUUGACUUCGAUGCUCAAGAUAAUGAAAUCUAUUAUUCAGAUGUUCUCCAAGACGUAAUUUACAGGAUCAACAGGAAUGGAACUGGCCGAGAAAUUGUCCUUGCCUCGCAAAAUGAAGGAGUUGAAGGUUUAGCCGUUGAUUGGGUUGCAAAAAAUUUAUACUACAUCGACAGCAGAAAAGGAACGCUUAAUGUCCUAAGCACAAGGAAUGUCAGUUACAAACGAACUUUGUUGAAAAAUUUGAAAAGGCCCAGAGCCAUCGUUGUUCACCCAAACAAAGGGUAUGUAUUCUUCUCCGAGUGGGAUCGACCAGCCAACAUCAGUCGAGCACAUACUGAUGGGACACACGUCCACGUUUUCAAGAAUGUCACUUUGGGUUGGCCGAACGGUCUCGCCAUCGACUUCCAAGCAGAUCGUCUUUAUUGGUGUGACGCUCUCCUCGAUCAUGUUCAGCACUCCAACUUGGACGGAACAGACGUUCGCACCAUCAGCUCACAUCUUAUUCGCCAUCCAUUUUCCAUUGUUCUCCAUGAAGAUUGGAUGUACAUAACUGACUGGAGGCUCGACUCUAUCAUCAGGUUGAACAAAUUGACUGGAGAUAAAGAAGAGGUGAUUUUGAAGGAGCCGCAGAGUAACAACAACAGACUGUAUGGUGUUAAAGUGUACAGCAAGCAGGAGCAAAGGGUCAAUCCAAGCCAUCCUUGUUACAAUGGUAAUGGUGGCUGCCAAAAAUUGUGUUUCGGAACGCCCUCCGGCGAAAAUGGUGCCCUCCAGAGUCAUUGCGGUUGUCCUUAUGGUGAAAAAUUGGACCCCUCCUCCGAUUACAAACAAUGUAUUGCUGAUCCGAAUGCCGAACCACCAGUUGCAGCUUGUCCAAAUAAAUGGGACUUCACUUGCAACAAUCAGCGUUGUAUUCCAAAAGCUUGGGUUUGCGAUGGUGAUGAUGAUUGCCUGGAUAAUUCUGAUGAAGAACAAAAUUGCACAAAACCCACCUGCUCAUCAAGCGAGUUCCAAUGUGCUAGCGGCCGCUGUGUCCCAGCUACAUUCAAAUGUGACGCUGAAAAUGACUGUGGAGAUUAUUCAGAUGAAACCGGUUGUGUCAAUGUCACUUGCUCUCUCUCACAGUUUCGUUGUGACAAUGGACGAUGUGUCCCUGCCACCUGGAAAUGCGACUCUGAGAAUGAUUGCGGUGAUGGCUCAGACGAAGGCGAUUUCUGUGCCGAAAAAACAUGUGCAUAUUUCCAGUACACAUGUCCGCGAUCAGGACACUGCAUUCCGCAAUCAUGGGUAUGUGAUGGUGACAACGACUGUUUUGACAAUCAAGAUGAAGAAGGAUGCCCUCCAAUAAUGUGCACAGCCUCUCAGUUCAAAUGUGCAGAUUUGCGACAGUGUAUCCAAGAAACGUACAAAUGCGAUGGCAUUUUGGAUUGUAACGAUGGCAGUGAUGAACUUGGCUGUCCUACUCUUGCUCCAAAUCAAUGCGACAGUGAAAAGCAGUUCCAGUGUGUCAAAUCAGGAAUUUGUAUACCGAAAGCUUGGCACUGUGACGGUACGGCAGAUUGUGAUGAUGACUCAGAUGAGCCAAAAUCAUGUGGAGAGAUUGCAUGCCAGCAAGGAUACUUCAAAUGCAACAACUCACAGUGUGUAUUCAAAGCCUACAUUUGCGAUGGUAGAGACGACUGCGGAGAUGGCUCAGACGAAGACUUCAGACAUGCUUGUGGCGCUCCACCAUUCAGAUGUGGCUCUGGAGAAUGGCAAUGUCCAGAAGUGACGGAAAGGUGUAUAAAUGUAUCGAAAAUUUGUGAUGGAACCCCGGAUUGCCCCAACGGUGCCGACGAAGGUCCUGGAUGUGAUCUAGACGAUUGCUCUAAAAAGCAUUAUCAUGGCUUGUGCUCGGAAAAUUGUACUCAAACUCCCACGGGUCCCUUGUGCACAUGUCCUCCAGGAGAAGUCUUAACAAAUGAUUCUCGAACUUGUGCUGAUCUUAAUGAGUGCGAGCCACCUGGCGCUUGUUCUCAGCAUUGUAUCAACAUCAAAAGGAGUUUCUUCUGCACUUGCAGUCAAGGAUAUGUACUUGAAGCGGACAAACACACUUGCAAAGCUAUUAAUCACACUGCUGCCUUUCUGAUCAUCUCCAAUCGCCACUCAAUAUUGGUUGCGGAUCUAAAAGAACAAGGUUUAGAAAGAGUCCCUAUUAUUGUGGAAAAUGUUGUUGCAACUGCCUCGAAUAUGCACACUGGAACGAUAUUCUGGUCUGACAUGAAGCUAAAAAAGAUCUCUCGGCUAGAUCGAGGAAGCGAACCUCAAGAUGUAAUCAUGUCAGGAUUGGACCUGGUGGAAGGCUUAGCAUAUGAUUGGAUCGCUGGCCAUCUUUACUGGUUGGACUCACGUCUCAACACUGUUGAAGUGGCAACGGAAAACGGAACCAAUCGAAUAGUUUUGCUGAAAGAAAAUAUCACUCAACCCCGCGGAAUGAUGCUGGAUCCCAGUCCUGGGGCUCGAUGGUUGUUCUGGACUGAUUGGGGAGAAAACCCACGCAUUGAGCGAGUAGGCAUGGACGGAACCAACAGAUCCACAAUUAUUAGCACUAAAAUCUACUGGCCCAACGGUCUGACCCUUGAUAUUGCAAAUCAGCGGGUUUACUUUGCGGAUUCGAAGCUGGAUUUCAUCGAUUUUUGUAACUAUGAUGGUACAGGACGUCAGCAAGUUGUUGCCGGUAGCCACUACCUCCUCCAUCCACACUCUUUAACAUUGUUUGAGGAUACUCUAUAUUGGACUGAUCGUCAGUUGAACAGGGUACUAUCUGCCCAUAAGUUCAGAGGAAAAAAUCAAACAGUGGUUUCCCAUUUAAUAUCGCAACCCUUAAGCAUUCAUGUUCAUCAUGCCGUACUACAACCUAUCUCCAAAAAUCCAUGUCUGUCGGCCACAUGCGAACAACUUUGUCUAUUAUCACCGUCCUCGGCGACUGGUUACACUUGUAAAUGUCAAGCAGGCUACAAGAUCACCAACGAUGGCAAAUGUGUCGAAGAGGAGUCAAAUUUCCUUCUAGUCAUGAGAGCAUCUCAAAUUGUGGACGUAAGUUUAACACCAAAGGACAAAUCCAGUGGUUUCAUCACACCAGUCAUUGGAGUUGAUGGUGGUGUGCAAGUUGAUUAUGAUCGUAAAACUGGAACUUUGUUUUGGGUGGAGGGAAGGAAACAGGAUGAAGAUGGAAAUGUCAGUGAAAAUUGUACAAUUUAUUCCAUGUCCUACCAUGGUGGGAACAAAACUGAAUUCCUGUCAAGCGUUACUGGUUUGGUCGGAGCUCCAUACACAAUUGCAUUUGACUGGCUUGGACGCAACUUGUUCAUCGGCAACAGACUUGCAUCGAACAUCGAAGCCGUUAAAGUAGAUGGCAAACCUAAAUAUAGAGCCAUCAUUUUGGCAAACAACGGCAAUGAAACCUCUGUGUCAAGGCCUAGUGUCAUUACCUUGGAUCCUUACGAAGGGAAACUAUAUUGGAUUGACGAAGGAGGAUUUGGUGUCCCCCCGAAGAUUGGUAAAGUGAAUAUGGAUGGAUCAAACCCAUCAAUCAUUCUCUCAAAUGGAGCAGCUCCCAUUGCACUGACAAUCGAUUUGGAGCAACGUGUGUUGUACUAUAGUACCUCAUAUCCCAGUGAGAUCCGACAAAUGGAUAUAAAUGGCAAAAACUCCAGGGUGCUUCUUGAUCAAAAGAACAACAUUGCCUAUCCGCAAGCUAUCGGAGUGAUUGACCGUCGAUUAUACUACUUGGAUCCAAGAUACGAUAAGCUUGAAAGAGUUGAUGUAUCAGAUGGACUCAACCCACAAUUGAUUAUCGAUAAUGAUGCUGAUCUGAAAACAUUCACAAUAUUCAGGAAACGACCAGAAAUGGGACACCCCUGUUUGACGAACAAUGGUGGUUGUAAUCAGAUGUGCAUACCUGCGGAGAGUGGAACAAGGACUUGUCUAUGUUCAAUCGGCUACAAGAAAGAUGCUGAUAUCACCUGCUCGCCUUACAGUACUUUCGCUAUCGUAUCGCAACUUGACAUCAGCAGAGGUUUCAGUUUGAAAGAUUCUUCAGAGGCCAUGACACCCAUCGCUGGACCAGGUCAUCAUAUUCUACAUGUUGACAUUCAUUAUGCUCAAAACUGGAUUUACUGGGUUGAAUUUAACCGAGGAAUUUGGAAUGGUAUCUUCCGUAUCCGGCCUAAUGGUACAGAGCUUACCCGUGUUAUCAAAGAAGGAGUGGGCUCAAAUGGUAUCCGAGGUAUUGCUGUCGAUUGGAUUGCUGGCAAUUUGUAUUUCACGAACGUCUUCCCUCACGAAAACUACCUGGAGGUCUGCUGGCUGGAUGGUUCGAACAGGAAAGUCUUGGUCAAAACAACCACGGAUGCACCGAAAGAGCUUGCCGUUAAUCCAAUUAAAAGAUUGCUGUACUGGAUUGAUUAUGGACAACAUCCUAGAAUCGGCAAAGCUUUCUUGGAUGGAUCCAACUGGCAGCCUGUUGUUUCAAACGGUAUCAGCAUGCCUCGAGAUUUGACCAUUGAUAUGAAUACUCAUGAUGUUUACUGGGUCGACUCAAAACUGGAUAUGAUUCAAAAAAUAUCCUUUAACGGAGGCAACCGACAGAUUAUUAGACGGAACUUACCGAACCCCAUGGGUAUUGCAAUUCAUAUGAGCGAUGUCUAUUGGGUUGACCGCAAUCUCCAGUCCAUUUACAAAGCUUCCAAGUUGCAAGGAAACAAUUCUCUACCCACAGUUGUGCGUUCCAACUUACCGCGACUUAGAGAUAUCGCAAUCUUUGAUGUCAUCAGCCAGCCGCCAGAUGAUACAAAUCCAUGCUCAAGAUUAGGAAAUGGAGGAUGUGCUCAACUAUGUUUCUCUUUCCCUCCCGAUUACUCUCCAAGCAAGUUCCGGUUCCGGUGUGAUUGCGCUACCGGUAUCAACUCUGGUCCAGGUGGAACUCAGUGUGAUACAUUGUCUGAAUAUCUUGUCUUCUCAACCCGCACGGAAAUAAGAUCUGUUAACCUUUCCCCGCAAUCAACAGGCGUACCGUUCAAGCCAGUUGGCAAUUUGACGAACGUAGUGGGGGUUGAGUUUGACUACGCUGACCACAAACUUCUCUUCACUCAAAUACGACCUUUGGCAAGAAUAGCGUCUCUUGAUAGCAGUAAUCCCAGCAGUUCUCAAAUUAAACCAAUCAUCAGCCGUGGAAUCAACCCUGAGGGAAUUUCUUACGAUUGGACCCAGAAGAAAAUCUAUUGGACGGAUUCAUCGAAUAACUCCAUCUAUGCUAUGAACCUUGAUGGUUCUGAUUUGGUUAUGAUUGCCAGAGUUGAACGUCCAAGAGCGAUUGUCGUCGAUCCUUGCAAUGGGUCACUGUAUUACACUGAUUGGGGAAGAUUUGGUACGUCAGGGAAAAUUUUCCGCACUACAAUGGCUGGCUCUUUGAAAAAAGCGAUCAUCGAGAAAGAUUUAUCACAGCCUAGUGGCUUAGCAGUUGAUUUUGAAGAUAGAAUGUUGUAUUGGACUGAUGCUGUCAGAGAAAAAAUAGAAAGAUCCACUCUAAACGGUGAAAAAAGAGAGGUUUUAGUAUCAGCAACUAUUUAUCCAUUUGCAAUAACAGUUCAUCGCAAUUAUAUCUACUGGACAGACCUACAACUGAGAGGUGUGUAUCGAGCGGAGAAACAUACUGGCGCUAAUAUGAUAGAGAUGGUGAAACGUUUAGAGGAUUCUCCAAGAGAUAUCCAUGUAUACUCCGCAGAGAAACAGAAAUGUUCAGUCAAUCCUUGUCACAUUAACAACGGUGGCUGUGCUCAGUCCUGUCAUCCUGCUCCGAACGGAACGACUGAAUGUAAGUGUGAUGACAACAGCAAGUUGGUAAACGAAGGACGCAUGUGCGUAUCUAAAAACUUAACAUGCGAAGCGUCUAAAUUUUACUGUCGCAAUGGCAAGUGUAUCUCGAGAAUGUGGUCUUGUGAUGGAGAUGACGAUUGCGGCGACAACAGUGAUGAAGAUCCAAAAUACUGUACGUACCAUUCAUGUAAUCCAAAUGAAUUCCGAUGUAACAAUGGCCGGUGCAUAUUUAAAUCAUGGAAAUGUGACCAUGAGAACGAUUGUCGUGACGGUUCUGACGAGUUGGACUGUAAUUACCCAGCCUGUGCUGCAGGUGAAUUCACUUGUGCCAAUCAUCGUUGCAUUCCUCAAUCACAGGUAUGUAAUGGAAUAAACGAUUGCAAAGACAAUGUAACUUCAGAUGAAACGCACGAUCGGUGUCCAAGAAACAUGACAUGUCCCGCCAACCAUUUGAAAUGCGAGAAAACAAAUAUUUGUGUCGAGCCCUAUUGGUUAUGCGAUGGUGAUAAUGAUUGUGGAGAUAAUUCUGAUGAAGACCCACUGCAUUGCGCUCAGAGAACUUGCCCACAGAACAGUUUCCGGUGUCCCAACCAUCGAUGCAUACCAGCAACAUGGUUCUGCGACGGCGAUGAUGAUUGUGGUGAUGGUACGGAUGAACCGCCAGAUUAUUGCAAAUCAGAAGGAAGGACAUGCUUCGGAGACUUGUUCACCUGUGACAAUGGCAACUGUAUUCCUCGAAUCUACAUUUGCGACGGCGAUAACGAUUGUUUGGACAAUUCGGACGAAGAUUCGCGCCAUCAAUGCAACAACAGAAAGUGUGAUGAUGAAACCGAGUUCACAUGUGUUGCAAACAAAGCAUGGGGUCGUGCUCAGUGUAUUCCGCGCAAAUGGCUCUGUGAUGGAGACCCAGAUUGUGUGGACGGAGCGGACGAGAACUCAACUGCACUACAUUGCCCUUCGCCCCCCACCUGCUCACAAGAUCAGUUCACUUGCGGAAACGGUCGUUGUAUUAAUAAAGGUUGGCUGUGUGAUCACGAUAAUGAUUGUGGCGAUGGUACAGAUGAAGGAAAGAACUGCCACUCGCAAUACAAAACCUGCACACCUCAAGAAUUUUCAUGUCAGAAUUUCAAGUGUAUUCGCAACAGCUACAGAUGUGAUGGCGAAGAUGACUGCGGAGAUAAUUCCGACGAAUUUAAUUGCAAGAAAAACACGACAACUUGUCCAACAGGACAGUUCCAAUGCAACAAUGGUCAAUGUAUCGAUUACAACUUGGUGUGCAACAAAGUAUCUGAUUGCAGUGACGACAGUGAUGAGCCACUUCACUGCAAUGUUGACGAGUGCUCAAAAGUGGAUGUCCAUCAGUGUGGCCACAAGUGUGUGGAUACCCCUACUGGAUAUUAUUGCGAAUGUAAUACCGGAUACAAAUUGCUUGAGGAUGGAAAAGCAUGUGCAGAUAUAGAUGAAUGCCGGGAAACUCCUGGAGUCUGUUCACAGUUUUGCUCCAACACUCCUGGUUCGUACUACUGUAAAUGCGAUGAAGCUUACUAUGACCGAGAAGCUGAUGAACAUUCAUGUAAACGCAGAGACCGCUCGCAGCCAUGGCUCAUUUUCACCAACAAAUACUAUGUUCGCAAUAUGUCCCUCGACGCUUCUGUCUACUCUCUAGUUCAUCAAGAUCUACUCAAUGUUGUUGCCUUGGACUAUGAUUUUAGGGAUCAGAAAAUGUACUUCUGUGAUGUCAGUGCCAAGACUAUUUACAGGACGAACAUUGGUGCAACUGAAAAAGAAAAAGUUAUCCAUCACGACAGCCAUGGACUAGAGGGUAUUGCUGUUGACUGGGUUGGCCGGAAACUCUAUUGGCUUGAUCGACACAGUAAACAGUUGGACGUUGCUGAAUUGAACGGAACAAACAGGAAAACGCUAAAAUCAGGCAUUCAGGAUCCCAGAGGCCUUGCUGUACACCCUGGAAUUGGUUAUCUGUUUUUGAGUAGUUGGCAUCUACAGGCUUACAUUGCCAAAAUGGGAAUGGAUGGCUCCAACAUGACACGAAUCCUGACUCAUGAAGAUGAUGUUGCUUGGCCCAACGCUUUAACAAUUGAUUACUUCUCAGAAAGGCUUUAUUGGGCUGACGCUCAUUUGGACUACAUUGCUUCAGCAGACUUUGACGGCAAGCAUAAGCAUGUCGUCCUGUCCGGUGAAAAAGUUCCGCAUGUAUUCGCCAUCACACUAUUUGAAGAUAAUCUAUUUUGGACUGACUGGAACCUGAAGUCCAUUAAUCGUGCCAAUAAAUUCACAGGUAAAAACUUCGAAAUUCUGAGGAAUACAACUCAUCGGCCGUAUGAUAUUCAUGUAUUCCACCAGCUGCGACAAUUACCAUACGUGAAUCCUUGCGAUAGUGACCAUCACAAUGGAGGUUGCUCUCACCUGUGUUUACUCACCCCUGUGCCAGGCGUCGACGCAAGUUUGGAUGGAUAUAGCGACUCCAAGAGCCCUGUAACUUACACUUGUGCCUGUCCCAACCAGUUUUACCUGGACAGAGACAACAAGACAUGUAUCGCCAACUGUACUUCAGGCCAACAUCGUUGUGGAGGCGAGGAUGAAAAAUGUAUUCCUUGGUUCUGGAAGUGUGAUGGGGAAAAAGAUUGUAGAGAUGGGUCGGAUGAACCAACAACCUGCCCUCCGCGACACUGCCGUGCUGGCCAAUACCAGUGUGACAAUGGACACUGCACUUUAUCGGCAACUAUUUGUGAUGGGACUGACGACUGUGGUGACAAUUCAGACGAAAGGCACUGCGACUUACCGUGUCCAGAUCUUGAAUUCAAAUGUAAAUCUAAUGGACGAUGUGUGCUCAACGCUUGGAAAUGCGAUGGAGAAGCUGAUUGCAAAGAUGGCAGUGAUGAAGAUCAAGCCAUGUGCAGUAACCGCACUUGUAAUCCUGAAUCAGAAUUUACCUGUAAGAACGGACACUGCAUACCGAAAGCGUGGAUGUGUGAUUUUGACAAUGACUGUGGCGAUGAUUCUGAUGAGCCUGCCUACAUGUGUAGGCAGAAGAACUGCACCAAUGGUUGGCAGCGUUGCCCAGGACGAACCAAUUACCGUUGCAUUCCCAAGUGGCUUUUCUGUGAUGGGAAAGAUGAUUGUCGCGAUAACUCUGAUGAACUUCCUCAAAAUUGCCCAACAUGCAACCCAGACUCUGAAUUCAGAUGUAAAAAUAGCCGCUGCAUACCAAAACGAUGGCUGUGUGAUUUUGAAAAUGAUUGUGGCGACAAUUCAGAUGAAGCAGAAGACAUCUGUCGUGAGGCCUACAGAUCUUGCUCGGAAUCAGAAUUUCAGUGUGCCAAUGGAAAGUGUGUUCCCAGUCAGUGGCGCUGCGAUCAUGAUGAUGACUGUGGUGAUAACUCGGAUGAACUUGACUGCGUUGGAUUCAAGUGUAAAAAUGGUACCUUCCAGUGCGCAAGUGGACACUGUAUCGCGUCUUACUUCCGUUGUGAUGGCGACCGUGAUUGCCGCGAUUUGAGUGAUGAAAUCGGUUGUCCACCCAAAUUCCCCGGAGGACGCUAUUGUCCUGAAAAUAAGUUUGAGUGCGCCAGGACUAAACUGUGCAUACAACAAAGUGAACUCUGCGAUGGCACGGAUGAUUGCGGUGAUGGCUCUGAUGAAGCGCCCAGUUUAUGCACCAACUUCAACUGCACAACGCUGAAACGAUUCCAGUGCGGUAACAAGAAGUGUAUUCCCCUGUACCAAGUUUGUGAUGGCAUCGACAAUUGUGGAGAUGGAUCCGAUGAAAAUGACUUUAGCCUCUGUCAUACCAGCACAAGAAACAAACCUUGUGACCUUUAUGCCGAAUACCAGUGCGGCAACCGCAAAUGUGUCGAUAAAGCUGCCCUUUGCAACCACAUUGAUGACUGCGGUGACCUUUCAGAUGAAGCUGGCUGUCAUUAUAACACAGUUUGCUCAGAUGUGGACAAGGGUGGAUGCGAGCAUUAUUGUGUCAAUUUAACGGCAGGCUCUGGGUAUCUUUGUGCUUGCUACAAUGGAUUCACAGUUAAUUUAACAAACCAGAAAAAGUGCGUUGACAUAGAUGAGUGUGCCUUAGGCACUCACCAUUGCUCUCAAGUCUGCACCAACCUCAAUGGAACAUACAGCUGUAGUUGUCGUCCAGGUUUCUCCCACAGUGAUAGUAAAAGUGGUGUCUGUCGUGCCAAUGACCCCAAGUUAACCCUAAUUUAUUCGAAUGGACAAGAAAUUCGAGGCUAUAAGGUCAAUGAUCGUGAAGCUUUGGGUGUCAUUAGCAACGAAAAACGAAUUGAAGCACUCGACUUUGAUCCAAAAACAGAAAUGGUAUUUUGGGCAGACUCUUCUGAUCGGAGCAUAAAACGCUCUUUCAUGGUUGAUGCGGUUGGCGGUCAGGUGAAAGUAGGCCAUGCGCAGGAUUUGAUGAUGAAAGGUAUCUCUAAACCAACCAGUGUGGCUGUUGAUUGGGUGGCAGAAAACCUAUACUGGACUGAAAAUGACCGCUCAGGUCAGAAACCCAAGGGCCGAGUGAUGGUCUCCAAGUUGGAUGGACGUUACCGAAGGUCGCUAAUUACAGCAAGUUUGGACAAUCCAACAUCAAUCGCAGUUAAUCCACAGUUAGGCAAGAUGUUCUUCGCUGAUGCCGGCAACUUGCCAAAAAUAGAAAUUGCUUGGUUGGAUGGAAGCAAGAGACGCCCUCUCGUGACAACUGGUGUGAGGCACCCAACAGGCUUGACAAUCGACCAUGCCAUGGACCACAGUGUCUAUUGGGUUGACACGAAGCUUAACUUAAUCGAGGUCAUGAAACACGAUGGUACCAAUCGACAGAUAGUGAUGAAAGGAGAUGCACUGAAACACCCUGUGUCUCUGGAUGUCUUUGAGAACAAUCUGUAUUGGCUCACCAGAGAUGAUGGUGAGUUGGUGCGCCAAGACAAAUUUGGAAGAGGUGUUCCUCAAGUGCUCACGAGAAACCUCGUCAACCCUUCAGGCAUAAAAGUCUACCAUAAAGACCGUUACAAUCAAAGUAUUGCAGAUCCUUGUAGUCAGGCCUCCUGCUCGCACCUGUGUCUUCUCAUACCUGGUGGAACGCACUGUGCCUGUCCAGACGGCGUCAACCUUCGAAUGGGUUCAUCGGAGAUCUACUGCGAUGCUGCCUCCGAGAGACCUCGACCAGAGCCGAGGAUAUGUCUGUGUCAAAACGGGGGUGUUUGUCAGGAUGGUGGAGACAAAGAGCUUAGUUGCAGUUGUUCUCCGGACUUCUCAGGUCCCUUCUGCGAAACUAAAUCCCUUCGUUCCCGAUCUCACGGCUUCAUCAGCUCUGUUCUGAUGAUUCCUCUCAUUAUUUUAAUCCUCUUGACUAUCGCAGCUGGUUUUUACUUUGUCAUCAAAAAGAAACCGAUCGGCAAAGGUCCUCUUGGCUUGGUGAACUCUCAAAGCGUCUCGUUCCGGCAGGGCUCCAAUGUCGAGUUCGGUGCUCCGCCUUUCAGCAGUAGCCCUCCGAGAGGAGAGCCUCUGGAUGUUGAGUACAACAUGACUGAUAUAGGAAGUAAAAAUAGAGACUUUAGUAACCCUAUGUAUGAUGCUCUAGGGAAUAUAGAGACAGUGGGGUCGAAUGAUGAUGGAGGCAUCUAUGAGGUUCCAUCCGACGUCACUAAAACAAAAAUAGGUGUGGUUCAAGAACCUGCCUCGGCCAUAUUGGCACCACCUAGUAAUAUAGUUCAAAAAUCCUCUCCACAGAUUCACGUUCGACAUAGGGAGUUGGAUCCCUCGUCGACUGACACUGGUAAAGAUACGCAGAAAUUAGUUGAAGAGGACAAAUCUGAAUGUUAAUGUUGAAUGUGCUUAAAAGUCUUGACAAAGGGUUUAAAGAAGGUUGAGUCUUCUGAACUUUGUCACUUUUAGUGUUUUAUCGUGAGCUUUGAGGCUGCUACAUAUUUUACCGGAAGCAUUGGAAAGGGCUAAAAAAUUAUUAUCAAGAAUCUACCCAUUUUUGGUCAUCUCAAAGAAAUUCUCCUGAAGAGUUUUAUGAAUAUGUAAUUUGUACUUGUUGGAGCUUUGCAAUAGAAAAUUGAUGAAAAUGCACUGUGGUGAAAAAGAAUCAAAGUAUGCAAGGAAGUUGAAAUUUUAUAUCAAAUUCAACAAACCCUAAUUUUGUUGAGCCAAUUAGAUCUGCAGAUUUGCAAGCUACACUCUGAUGAUCAAAUCUUGACUUUUAACCAGAUUUUAAACAAAUUAGAUGACGUUUUCAGUACGUAAAAUUUCUUUCUCCUAGUGAUAAACCCUGGUCGAGAGUGCUGUCAUAAUUAUAUUUCUAAUCUGAUGACAUUUUUGCUAAGAGGAAUAAUGAAAUUGUGCAAUAUUUUCCAAAAAUGUUUUUCUUAAUCACUUUAUACCUACUUAAUAAGCCUCCACACACUAUUAAUUUCCUGCAGAUUUGUUCCAAAGCUAAUCCAAAAGACGUAUAUAUUUUAUGACUAAGAGUUUCUAGUUCAGUUGCCUCAACCUUUUUCUUUCCCCGCAGGCACUAUGUUUUUGUUAGAACUUUAAUGUUUUUGUUUAUUAAUUGUGAUCAAAAUUUGAUCUUACAUUCCAUUUGUAAAAAUAUGAAAACUAGAGAAUGUUAUUGCAAAUGUGUUACAAAAAUGUUACCUUCUUUCAUCGGAGGAUGUUGCCUAGUAACAUUGAGCUCGAUCAGACUUUUUUUUUUUUUGGAAGUCUUACAAUCCAUUAACUCGUCACCUUUUCUUAUGGAAAGAAAAUUAUCCAUAUGUACUUGCAAAUUCAUCGCCUUAUUUUUGUAGACCUCUCAUUCUUAUCGCAAAGAGGGAAAAACUACUGCAUUAAAUCCGUUAAACUGUUAGGACGUUGCCCUCAUAAUUUUAAUUGAUCGCCUGUGCGAAUUAACUUUGAACUAAAGGUGUUGGCAGAAAAACAAGAAUGAAACACUUUGAUGGUCUGUUCGUAUUUAAUCAUUCCGAAGCUUUUUAGAGUUCACAGUCAUAAUUUCUGGGUUUCCAGCUAGUCAAAAACCUCCUCAUUUCUUUUCCAUAGAUGAGACAUUCUUCAGCAAGAGAUCAAAAUAUUUUCCGUCCAGUUUCCUCUAAUUUAUGACAAACCAUAAACUUAUGGCUAAAUAUUGUCAUGGCAGAUAUAUAUAUCGAUGACUAAAAUGCGAAACCAUGUAUCUCUAUUGUCAUGUUUUAGAAUUUCCGCUCCUAUUUCAUUUUUAGAAGAAAAACAAGCCAACUUCAUACCUCGGAAUUUAUGUACAGAAUAUUAUGCCAAUAGAAAAAAAACAUCAAGAAAGUUUCUAAGAAAUUAUGUUGACUAGCUUUUCAAAGAAAAAAUAAAGUGUGACAGGAAGUCUGCAAUGUUGCAAACGGAGGUACUUGGUUUCGCUUUUCGGCCAUCCAUAAGCAUUUAAUGUUAGAGAGUGAUCCAGUGUAUAUCCUCCUCUCUUGAAGAAUACCGAAACUAUGGUUGUGGAUUUUUUCAAGCUUGAACAAACUUUUUUAUUAUCUGCCUUCGGAAAUAAUUUGUUCGAGGGUGUUUUCCUCUGAUGAUGGAUGGUGCAUUUCGAGUCAUAGCUGUGUAUAAAUAUUGUUUAUGAUUGAGAUUUUUUAUUAUUUUGUACAGUAACUAGUCCUUAAAUUAGGUGUUAUUUUUCAAUAAUUGAUGCUUUUUCAACUCAGAUCCAAAAUCAUGGAUCGACCCAGUAGCCGAGGCGGAUUCCUGCCAUCCGAAGGAAAAACGCUGUAUGAACCUUUAAGCGCUACCAUACUCCUUUGAUCAAAAGCUAAUUUCCUGCGAGUUUUGUGAGAAUCAUUUUCUUCCAUUUUUCAGACAAUUUUGUUUACAAUUUGAUCUUAAAUAUCUGAAAAUUUCAAGGAAAAAUAUGCAUAACUUUCCUCAAGAAUACAUGUUAUAUCCACGGAAAUUUGGCAACUCUCAAGUGUUCAUACAACGUUCUUCAGAUUUGCUAGAAUCCUCAAAGUAUUUUUCUUUUCUUUUAAUUACUGGAUUAAUUUAAGAUUUUGGCAAAAAUUGAAGCAAGCCCCCUCCAUACAGUUGGUGUCUGAAAAACUUUGUUGAUGAUUUUGUUAGAACUAAUUUUGAUAACGAGAUAUAUAGAAAAACAAUCCAAAUAGCCAAGUUUCCUCUUAUUUUUUGGAGCUCCACCAAUCAUCUGAAAAUUAUCACUUGAUUUCAUGCUCAUGUUUCACAUGAAUAUCUAUAGGGUUAUUUUUAUGAAUAUUAAAUUUGGAUAAUAUAUCCUAUCUAACUUUAAUGCCUGUCAUGUCAGCCACUCAAUUAUCUUUGUCUUAUUUUUACAAAUAGAUUAUUUACUUGCAUCAUCUUCCAAGCUUUCUUACGAAUCAGUAAUAUCAGUGGAAUUGAAAAAAUUUCAUCCGUUAGGAUUUCAUCUUGAUAGCUCUACCUGUUUACCGAUAAGAACUAGAUCUCUAUGGAAAUUUUGGGCACUAAUUGUAAGGGGGAAUUUCUUCAGGUUGGCAGCUAUUUAAAAUUCUCUCUGGGUUUCAUUUAGAUUGAACCGAAAGAGUUGCAAAAAAUCGUCAAUCAAUUUUGUAAUUUUUCCAGAUUCUUUUGUUUCCUUACGAUUAGUCGUAGAAGUAUAAAAAAAACUCAGCUUUUAUACAUACGGUAAUCCUUGAGCUGUUUCCCUGCAAUAAAGUAAUGCUUCUGUCAAGAUCUUUGGCUGUGAAACUGAUCCGCUUUUAAUCACUCUGCGCGUAGGUAGGAUGUAAUUUAAGAUGAAUGUCAAUGUUACAUCCAUUGUCUCGCUGAGUAGAAUGUGAUGUCAGUUGUCUUCUUGUAAUAUACAUGUAAAGCAUAAUAGAAAUCGUCGGCAAAAACUUAAAGUAAGUUUGAAACUCUGACCGGAGGCAAAUAUACUUUCGAUUUUAGAAUCCGUCAGAAAAAAAAAUCUGUGCUAUCGAAAGGAUUCCCUAAAAAGAAGCGUUUGAAGGUCUAAAAGGAGAAUGGGGGCAACAUACUUUAGAGAAAGAGUCUAUGGUUUUUUAAUAAAUUGAGUUAAUUGUGAAAAUUUUUUUAGCAGAAUUGCUCUUACUCCUCAGAUUUUUAUUGUUAUUUUUUCUAUUUGUAUUUUUUUACAGAGAACUAUUUUAAAAGUAGUUUUUAUAAGUAGUUUAAUACUUAAAUAAAUUCAAGAGCAGAGGAAAAUUGAUGGUCGAAUUCAUCAGCCUAAAAGCUUACCUCUUUAUACAUAAUUUGUCAACAAAUAUGUUGUUUUAAAAGCCAAUGUUCUCACCUAGCAGCCUUGUUUUUCUAUCAGGUAUUUAUAAAUGAACAAAAGGGGUUCUCAAGCUCCUGAAGGCAUUUUCAAUGGCCCACUGGACAGUACAAUUCUCAUUCUUGCAAGGAAUGUAACCAACAUAAUUGUUAACUGAUCAGCCUUAUUUUUAGUUAGCUUUUUGAAAUACUUCAGCGCACUGAAGAACCUUGCCAAUUAACAGCCAUCUGCCUUAAACUGUCAAAGGCUUAUCUUCUCAUACUUGUUUAAAGAAAAUUAUCUUGAGAAUGUUUUAACUUUAUGACCUGUCUUGGUGCCUUAGAAGAAUUACAUAUAUAAUGCAACUAAGGGUGCUAUUUUUUUAAGUUAAAGUUUAAAUGCCAGAAUACAAUUCAAUCCUGCGAUUAAAAAGACCCCUGACCGAAAUUCUUCCUUUCAUAUGAUGGCUGUCUUAUUUUGAAUCAAAAAAGAAAAUAAAAAUAGACUACCAGAGGUUAUGUGUCAGGUUUCACUUCUGAUGAUAUUGGAACUUUUUUCUUGUCCCUUCCUAAACUAUAAACUUUUGCCUAAAUUAAUGACAGUACAUUUUGAUAAUUUUGUACAAUGUUAAGUGCCUCUUCGAGUGUCUUCCAUUUAUUCAUAAACGGCGAGGACAAAACUACCAAUUAAUUUUAAAAUUUUCAAUUGUUAAGUCAUUUAGUGUAAAAUUUAUUUUACAAAAGAAAGCCUACAAGCUGUGAAAAAGGAACUAAACGAUAAGAGGGUAUUUCACUGCAAUUUUAGUUGUUCCAACAAUAACUACUUUUCCUCCCUCACUGUGUCUCUACUUUUGUUGAAAAGUAAAUUUGACUUUAAGUUUUUGGAUGCGUGUAUAGUAUUAUUGUUAUUAUGUACACAUAAACUUAUAUUUUUGUAUGCUAUUUUUAUGUAAAUAUUUCUCUUUUUUCGUACAGCAAAAUCGUGCCUAUUAUGCGGAAUCCAAGAAAGAAUACACUUGGUGCAAUAUUGUGUAACUAUCAAAUUUUACAAUCAAACUACAAAAUCACAAUAAAGUCGGAGCCUUUCAGUGGCUUUAUUUGCUUUUAAUUGCAAAUUAGUAUUAACAAAGGGCUCCAAUUUGUUUUUAAAUUGAAAGUGUCUUUUCUCCAGUUUAGUUUGGGUCUGAUCAGAUUUUUUUUAUGGGGAAACUAUUCGCAGAGGGCCCAAUAAAAAUCUCUGCUAUACAUUUUCUAUGAAAUUAGAGGGAGAGGGACUCGCAAAUAUUUAUAAACCUUGUGAAAAUGGAUUAAUAUGAAUUUCCUUUCUUUUCUAUUUUCUAUUAUUGUGACAAAAUUGCACUGUGAAUCAUCAGUUAUUUUUUAAGGGUUAGUCUUUUUCAUGCUCUCUUUCUCUCUUAUUUCAUAUUAUUUCUGGCAGCUUUUUUCUUCUUCUUUUUUUUUAUCAAAUACCAAACUCUGGGAAGAAUUACUUUUUUUUUUUUUUUUGGAAAGAGCAUUUUGAAAGUGGUCUCAAGCCAUAAUUCAACUUUGUUACACGCUUUGAUUUUAUUUAUUUAUACUUUUUUUUAACUCACCAUCCCUCCCCUCCCAAUUAAGAAAAAAGAAAGUGUAACCGGAUCAAAGAAGUAGAAUAAUUUUAUCACUCAAUAUAAGUAAUUAUUUGUGAAACUGUAAAAAAGGGAGCAGUGAAACUCCAAUUUAAAAUAGUUUUAAAAUUAGUUGUUCCAUUUUUUAAUCAUGAAGUUCAUUGCCUUGAUCAUACUAUCUUCGUAUUACACUUGUGAUAAAUUCUUGUAAACUCUAGGCUGAAAUUUCUGACCAAUAACUUUGAGUAAAAGAAAAAUGUUAAGAGUUGCUAGAAUUCAUCAAAGUUGAUGUCAGAAGAUUUUUUUCAAAGCGCAUGCGGUUAGAAUGCUCACGUUUCUCAGCUCUUAAAAUUUAACAAAUGAAAUGAAGCAUCCAACUCUCCAAAUUUUUAUGGUGGAAUGCUACUUUUGUUUUUUCAUGGUUUUACAGCCUUUUGUCUUUUUUUUUUUAUUUUGACGACUACUAAGCAAUCUUAACUAUGUUUCUUUAAAAAGCAGUUGGUUAGCAUGUGUACCCAUGGUGGAAUUAACAAAAAAGGAUUCAGCAGCAACUCAUAUCUACAAACUUGCCAGCAAUAAUUCAGCUCUUAAUAUUUCAGGGCAAAGCAAGAUUACAAAGAUAAUUCUCAAGCAUGUGUUCCUUCUGGUUAGUUUCCCCAUGGCUUAUAACUUAUCUUUAUAUUUUUAGCCCAUUUUAUUGUUUUUGUUGUUUUUAUUGUAAAUGAUCAAAUUCUUUCGGAAGGAAUUUUUGUAAUUAACACAAGGGAGAGUACUAGCCCUUCCAUCUUUUAUGCAACUUGUUGUCAAUUCAUAUUUUAUACUUUGUUUACUUCAAUUGAAAUAACUCCUUGUAUCAAUAAUAAUUUAUUGAAAUGUGUGUACAUAAUUCAA